CUUACGAAGGGUUUACUUUAGAGCGGGGUUUUGGUCCUCUAAAGUAGACGAAAGUGCCAAAACCUGAUGGAUUCGUCGAUUGGUUGCGAGAGUGAUGUGCCUGAGGUAGUUUUUGAAAGAAAGACUUCAGACUUCAAGUAUGAAACCGAGUUUAGCGAACAUAUUUUAACUCCAUUUACUUAUCAAUGUGAAAUAUCAAGGUUGCAGUAUAUUAAAAUGUAUUUAUUGACCGUUAUUAUACUCCCAUUCCGGGCCGUUGCAGUAGGCUUUUUGUUCACCGUUACCUUGUUGCUUUCGAAUCUUUUCACAUUGGGCUACGAUGUGAAGUCUCAAUUGAAGCCAGUAUGUGACUUCAGAAGAUGGCUACUGUUACCAAUCGUUGUUUUAUUCGCCCGGUUUGUAUUUUUCAUCGGUGGCUUCCACUGGAUCACGUUUAGAGGAACACGUGCGUCACGUAAAGAAGCACCUAUCCUAGUUGUUGCACCUCAUUCAUCAUUUUUUGAUUCACUUGUGGUCGUUGCACUCGGUAUGCCUUCAGUUGUUGGAAAAACUGAGUCCGCGGAAUCGUUUGUUGGUGGUUUUUUCAAGGUUCUCCAACCUGUCUUAGUAGACAGAGAGGACCCUAAUUCUCGUAAGAAAGCAAUUCAAGAACUUAAUCGUCGUGCGAAGUCGAAAGACGACUGGCCUCAAAUAGUUAUUUUUCCUGAAGGGACUUGUACAAACCGCAGUUGCAUUGCGUCGUUUAAGGCAGGUGCUUUCAAUGCCGGGGUGCCAGUCCAACCAGUGAUCGUUCGUUGGCCUAACCAAGUGGAUAGUGUGACGUGGGUUUGUGAAGGUCCCAGUGUGUUGAAGUUAUUAUGGCUGACGAUGACUCAGUUUUACAACAGAUUGGAAAUAGAAUUUUUACCAGUUUAUCAACCAAACGAAGAUGAACAGUUAGACGCCCAAUUGUAUGCUGAUAACAUACGCCGCAUAAUGGCUGGAUACUUGAACGUUCCAUUGUGUGAUUUGUCGUAUGACGAUUUUUGUCAGAUCAGGAUUGCAUGCAGGUACAAACUGCCGACCCCUGAAGCUGUUGUGUAUUUAAAUUCAUUACUUCAAAUAAUGUUCUCUCUGGAACUUAAUCGUGAUGCUACGUCAGAAGAAGAUCAACAAUCCGACUGGUUUCAAGCACGUCUAAGCAGUAUGCUGGAUAUAUGCCGUAACAAGCCAUACCUAUCGCGUUCAGAAUUUGUUGAGACACUUUUCCCAACUAGUCGACCUAAUUCGAAGGCCAUGUACCUAAUCAAUUUGGUUUCUAAGCACUAUGGUGAACCGCUGUCAAAUACUGUCAAUUUUCGCAUGUGUAUGAUUCACGGAUGUAUGCUACUGUUUACGGCUUCUCCGAGCCAAGCUUUUCACUACUCUUCAAAGGUUUACAGUCCUGUUAAUGUAACUGGUAAAAAUGAACUUCAAGACUGGGAGAUCAGUAAAACUGAUGCUGCAGAAUUAUUAAAGUUUGCAUUUGACAUUAAGAAUCAUGAUACAGUUCAACAUAUACUUGAUCAUGCUUAUCAGAUACGUGAUUCUGCAUUAUCGAAUUCUCAUGAGAAGUCUAAUGGUGAUGGGGUUAGUGGACAGUACUUAUACGAAGGAAUGUUGAGUCAGCUUCCGGAUUUGGCUAAUUGCUAUGUUCAUUAUGAUGCUGAUGUACGAAGAGUAUUUAAAGGUCGUCGUCGUCCACUAAUCGAAUCAUCUUCUACAUCAGAGAAUAAUCUAAAUGAAGUGACUUCAGCAUCAUUAUCUCGCUGUUCUUCAUCUGCCCGUACAACUCCCAACCUCACGGACAACAGAAAUGCUACAGAUCUAAGGGACAAUCUAGUUACCAAUAAUUUUGAAUGUAUUGAAAUCGCUGAUAUACCAUCGUGCGAAAUUCUCACUUCCUCGGAUGAAUCAAAUGACACUACUAACUCACGCACAAAUAAACAAAACGUCACAUUUCGUGGACGAAAAUUUGAUCGGCCUAAAUGAUCAGUCGUAGGAAACAGGCAGUAGUAUGUCUUUUCGUCCUUUUUCCUUCGGUUUACUAAGCCUGUGGUGCUUACUCUAAAAAUGUCUGAUUUAUUCAAAAGAGUGGAGAAAAUCAAGUUGAGCUGUUUCUGGUGUUUACUUCUAAUUUCCUAAUCCAUUUCAUCCCCUGCUUUUUAAUCUCUCACUUUUGUUGAUUUUUAUUCUCACACAUAUGUAAAUGUGUAUCUCUGAAUUCCUAUUUUUAUUUCUAACAUCGAAGUUUUCCGGUUAAAUGUAUAAUUCCUAAGCUUAUACACAUCGUUGGUUGUUAUGUGUAGGUAACAUAUUCAUGUAUCUGUGUACAAUUAAUUUUGCUCCCAUUUUGCAGUUUCUGUACUCUUUGAUGGCGAAAUCAAUAGCUUCAUUGAAAUGUGUUGAGAUAACUUUUUGUUUUGAAGUUUCAUGAUUUCUGUUGAUUUCUGUGUUAUUCGCACUAUAUAUAAUUGAAGUUUUUAUUGUUAUUAUACCAACAUGACCCUUUUUAAAAUGAAUACGUUAUAUUUUACUGUUAUUUUACACUAGGCUUCCUUUUCCUAUUUGUUGUUUUACCUAUAAAUAUUUUCCUCACAAAAAACCAGUUAUUUGUUUCUUAUCUACGUUGUCGUUAUCACUCCACUCACUGUUCAAUGGUUAUUUUCUUGCAUAUACCACUGUUUUUUUUUUAACGUCCUUCCUGAUUUCGUUUUAUGUAAUAGUAGUAAUAAUAAUAAUAAAAAUGAUAGUAAUAAUGAUAAUUCUUUUACGUUUUGUUAAUCGCAUUCUAUGCGUAGAUUUAUAUCUUCAUAUUUCUUUUACUUAUUUCACAUUCAUGUCUGUUUUAUUCCAUCACAAAGUGUUCCUUUGAUUUAUGCCUCAUCCACACAGCAGUUAUUUUGAUUUUCAAACUUGAAGGUUUUAUCAUCCCUUCUGUUUUCUAUUUAUUCAUUAUCACCUAUUGCGAAUGUCAAUGUAUUAAAAAUUUAACCUUAUAUACACAACGUACCUUGAAGAUAAAAUUCAUCCUAUGUAUUCGUAUGCAUACAUAAUUUUAAUCGUCUGUGAUGUUUUGUCAUAUCACAGAAUCAUUUUAUACUGGUGAAUUGUUUUUAACAAUGGUGAUAAGAAUAAUGAUAGAAAAUAAUAUAUUUCAUUUAUACUUACGAAUAUCUUUACUUUUCAUACAUUUUUGUAGCAUAUUGUGCAAGGAAUGACUGCUGUUUGUAUUCUUUUUUUCAACUUAUUACGCCUGAAAUUUAUUAGUUUGUGUCAGUGUGUUUUAAAUCUUCCAGAGACCCCCUAAUGAAUGUGUAAUAGGUGAGUGAGUACUAAGUCUUAAAUCUCAAGCACCGCACUCCAUAAUUUCGAAAUGUACCAGUACUCUGGACAAAGAAAUAACACACUAUGUGUAUUCUUACAACGAGGAACUUGGGGAAUCCUUCGAAGUGAGGCAAGACUGUCUACUAUCGCCAAUGACCUUCCUGACUGCAAUAGAUUGGAUAAUGCGACAGACAACGGGCAAUGAAGACACAAGCAUAAAAUGGACUCACACAAAAAACACGGAGGAUCUGUACUUCGCCGAUGAUAUAUGCCUUAUUUCCCACAAACUGGAAGAUAUGCAAGUGACAAACAAC